AUGGAAAUACCACCAAAACCGACCCUCAAGGCAAUUAAAAAAUUUAAAACUUUGGAUGAAAUUAAAUAUGCUAUGAAGCAUGUUUUCCAAGAUGCUCAAUUAGGUUUAGCUGGACAUAGGAAAUUAGUAGUAAUUUUGAAAAAUGUAUUUAAAAAAGUCAUUGAAUUGAAUCAAAUUCAUUUUUUUGCCAUGUGUUUCACUAAAUUAUUAUCUAAAAUAUUACCUUUGAAAAGAGGAGUUUUGGCUGGUGAUAGAAUAGUCAAAUUUUGUUAUCUGUUUGUUAAUGGUCUAGUUAAAGAUGCCAAUGAAGCAAAACGUUUACAACAAGAAGAAAAAGAAGAAAAAGAAGAAGAAGACCCAGAAGAGGAAGAAGAAGUAGAUCAAGAAACUCCAAAUUCUGAAUUUAUUUCAUAUUUGAUAAAAUAUUUGUUGAGUGGGAUAGAAUCAAAAGAUAAACUGGUUCGUUAUCGUGUUGUACAAACAUUAGCAUACUUGGUUGAAUUCUUAACAGAAAUACACGAGAAUAAUACAUUGGAAGCAUUAUACACUUUAUUAAGUAAUCGAUUACAAGAUAAAGAACUGUCCAUACGAAUUCAAGCAGUUGUGGCAUUAUCACAUUUUCAAUUAUUUGAAUUUAGUAUUGAAGGUGAUACUGAAGAGGUUGAAGAUGAAUUUAUAUCAAGUAAUCAAAUUAAAAGUAAAUUAAUAAAUUCCAUUCAAAAUGAUGACAGUCCAGAAGUCAGACGGGCAGCAUUGAUGAAUUUGGUUAAAACACCUGACACAAUACCCAUUUUACUUGAAAGAGCAAGAGAUUCUAAUUCCAUCAAUAGAAGAUUGGUCUAUUCUAAAGUAGCUCGUGAGUUAAUAACUGAUUUGGAUGAUUUAGAAUUUGAAGAUAGAGAAUUUUUAUUGAAAUGGGGGUUGAAUGAUCGUGAUGAAACUGUUAAAGCAGCAGCUACGAAAAUGCUUACAACUUAUUGGUAUCAAGCUGUCAAUGAAGAUUUAUUAGAAUUAAUUGAUCAAUUGAAUGUUAAGAGUGUGAUAGCUGAACAAGCAAUUUUAGCAUUUUUUAAAACUAAACCCGAAGUUCUUGAAACUAUUAAAAUUGAUGAAUCAUAUUGGAAGAAUUUGACAACGGAAAAGGCAUUUUUGAUGAGAACUUUCUAUCAAUAUUGUAAUGAAAACAAAUUACAUGCAUUAAUGGAUGCUAAUUUCCCUGAAUUACUUGAUUUAUCAAUAACAUUAGAAAAAUACAUGACAGUGAGGUUGAAAACUAUUAAUGAAAAUGAAACUUUAGUCAAAGAAUGGGAAACUUAUAAUUCUAAAAUUGACGAAUUAGAUGAUCAAAUAUUUAGUCUUGAAAACCAGAUUGCUAGAAUAAACACUGAUGCGGAUAAUUUCCGGAAAAAUUUGUCUAAUAUUGAAGAAGAUAUUAUUGAAAUUAAUAUAGCGAAAGAUUUAUUCAAAGAAAGAAUUAAACAAUUAAAAAAUAAUACAGGAAAUCUAGAUGAUUUAGUCACUGAAGAGAAUCAAGACAUUGCUAAUCAAAUUAAAGAUUUUCUGGUGGAAGAUUUACAAUUACAAUUGGAAGAUAUUAAUAAUAACCUUGACGAAAUUGAACAUCAACCAGAAGAGAUAAUGGCAAAAUUAGAAAAUCUUCAAACAAAAUAUGAUUCUUGUAUUAAGGCACUUGAAACCACAACUCAAUUGAAAAUUCACACUGAGGAGAAUUUUGAAAAAGAACAUGAAAAUGAUUGUAUUCCCUUUAUUGAUGCUUUGAAAGAAUUAGAAUUUAUUAUUAAUCAAUUAUUAUUGAUUGUUAAAGAUUUUGAUUAUGGUGAUGAAAUGGCCAGAAGAAAAUUAUUACAUAUAAUAAGAACCACAUUAACUGAAGAUAAAUUACCUGAUGCUUUGAUAGCAGUGGCUCUAAGAGUAUUAAGAGCACUUUCCAUAAAUGAAAAAGAUUUUGUUUCAAUGGCAGUGGAAAUAAUUACUGAUAUUCGUGAUUCUCGAGAUGACGAAGAAUUUCAUUCUGCUGCUGCCACAUUUGAUGAUGAUGAUAUGGAAAAUGAAGAUGAUGAUGAUGAGUCUCAACAAUCAUCACUUAGUACAGCUGCUAAUAAAAAGCGAAGAAUUGAACCAGAUAUGCCACCUAAUGAUAUUGUGUUGAGAUGUCUUACUAUGACACAACAUGUAUUGGAAGUAAUUACUUAUAGUUUGGAUGAUCAUCUUUCAUUAAGUUCCAUUUAUAGUGGUAUUGUGAAUUAUGCUAUUCAAAAUGAAUCGAAAAAGAAAUUAUAUCUUUCUGGAUUAACUUGUUUAGGACUUUAUUCUUUAAUUGAUUCCAAAAUUGCCAGAAUAGCAACAUCAACAUUAUUACUGGCAAUGAGAAGUAAUGGUGAUGAAGUGAAAGAAAUUGGAAUGAAAGCUAUUGUGGAUAUAUUGGCAGUCUAUGGUAUGAGUAUUCUUGAUAAAUCAUCUAAAUACAAGUAUUCAAGAAUGUUUUUCAAAGUUUUAAAUUCAUUUGAAUCACCAAAAUUACAAUGUAUCGUAGCUGAAGGGUUGUGUAAGUUAUUUUUAGCUGAUAUUUUGUACAAGACUGACAAACGGAGUUUAUUUGGAAAUGUUAUUCUUCAAGGUGAUCCCACCACUACCACCACAAAUAAGGGUGAUGAUGAUGAUGAAGAUGAUGAUGAUGAUGCAAAUGAAGAGGAAGAAACUGAUCGAGAACAUGAAAAACAUUUAUUUGAAGCUAUUGUACUUAUUUAUUUCAAUCCCCACACUAAAUCAAAUCAAGAAUUACAACAAAUUUUAUCAUUUUGUAUACCAGUUUAUGCUUUUUCUCGGAUAAAUCAUCAAAUCAAUUUAGCAGCAGUUAGUGGUGAUGUUAUUUAUCGACUUUUCACUGAAUCAGAAAAUGAAUUAUUAUCACCAAAUGUUAUAAUUCCACAAUUAAUAUCAUGGUGUGAUCCCAGAAAUUUAGUUAAAUUAUCAAAUGAUGAAAUAAAUCAAGCAACUUCACAUUUAUGGCAAUGUGUUUAUUUAUUACAAGUUGUUGAACAAGUUGAAGCACGUAAUGUAAAACGAUGCAUUAUAAAUAAUUUGAAUAAAUUUCAUAUAACAGAAAAAUUAGAAUCAAAUCAAUUACAAGCUUUAAUUAAAGCCCUUGAUACUACAAUUGAAUUAUUUGCUAAUAAUGAAAAUAAUCCUAAUUUUAUUUUAGAUAAACCAACAAAGAAAAAUUUUGAUACAUUUAUUGAUUCAAUAAAGAAUAAAUUAGAAAUUGCUCAAAAACGAGAAGAAAUGGAACUGAUUAGAGGAGGAAGUGAUACAAAUUCAAUAUUACAUGAAUUAGAUGAUUUAGAUAUUGGAACGGGAGAAAGUAGUCAAAUAUCUAUAAAGUCAGAAACUGAAACACGAGAUCUGGAUCGAUCUCUGCAAGUUAGUAAAACCACAUCACUAGAAACUUCAUAUCAAGAAGAGGAGGAGCAGGAAGAUGAGAAGGCAAAUGUUGGUAAUCAAUUAGAGGUAGAUAAAUCAAUCACAUUUAAAAAGGAAGACAAAGAAAAAGAAUUGAUUGAAACAAGUCCUGAUCAAGAGCAAGAACAAGUUGAAUCAAAGAAAGUCAUAGAUAACAAAGUUAAGGAUUCUUUAGAAGAUAUAGAUAAGUUUUUAGAAGAAGCAGAUGAUGUUGAUUACGGGGAUAUUUCAAUGGAUAGCGAUUGA